AUGAACAUCGGUGGAAGAGAAAAAGAUACCAUUAAAUGGUGCAGUUUUCAUCAAGUCCAUGGGCACAAAACCACCGAAUGCAAGGCCUUACUAGAUGAAGUGAAUGACUUGGUCAAUCGCGGUCAUUUGCACAACUUGCUGACCGAAAGAGGGAAGGCUCUUCUAGCUAAAAGAAAGGAAAAGGCCGCAGAAGACAACAUACCAGAGCCCACCAAAACUAUUGCAGCCAUCAUCGGGGGAUCGAAGAUUAGUGAAAUUUUUCACUCAACUGCCAAAAGAAGUGCAAAAGUCGCCAUCAACCUAGAAGCAAGGAAGGGGCGGCCGACGAAAACUCCUUCCGACCAGGUGAUCACGUUUACCGAUAGUGAAGCAACCGAUCUGUUAGAUCCACACCAUGAUGCACUUGUCAUCUUCAUCUAG